UCAUGCUGCUGCCAGGUCCAGAGUCUGUCAUGGGUCCCUGUACGGCCUCCCAUUGCUGCUGUCUCCAUCGCCACACUCUGCCAUGUGUGCCACUUUCAGGUCUCCUCACACACUGCUGGUGUGUUGAAUUUUUUGACAUAGGGUGCUGGCAGAUUACGGGCCUCCCAUAGCUGCUGCCAGGCCCCUAAUCUGCCAUGGGCCCCUAUACCGCCUCCUCAUGCUGCUGCCAGGUCCAGAGUCUCUCAUGGGUCCCUGUACGGCCUCCCAUUGCUGCUGUCUCCAUCGCCACACUCUGCCAUGUGCCACUUUCAGGUCUCCUCACACACUGCUGGUGUGUAGAAUUUUUUGAC